UCGCACGGACCUGUUGAUGGAUCCUUUGUGAUCGUCAUCUUGUCCCGGAAAAGUUCUCGAUAGCUCUCUCGUAGUCACCCACCCGGCCACAGUCGCACCCACGCUCUUUACCGCCCACGGUCUUUACUCCGCCGCCGUUACUGCACAUACCCAACGCCCCGCCAACCACCACAAUGAUCUUCACGAACACCGUCGCCUACCUCCUCUCCGCCGCGCUUGCCGCCAACACCGUCGCUGCCAGCAUCUACAUCACCAGCCCUGUCGCCGGCACCACUGCCAUCGGUGGACAGGUCCUUAAUGUUGCAUGGCAGGAUGACGGCAACACGCCUACCCUCGCUUCCAUCGGCCCCUGCUCCGUCGACAUCUACACCGGAUCCACCAACCAGCAAAUCUUCCUCCAGAAUCUCGCCGCUAGCGUAGACGUGUCCAAGGCAUCCACUAUCAGCGCUACCAUCGACCCGUCCAUCGGACAGGAUGACUCGCACUACUUUGUCCGAUUCACCUCCCUCGCCUUCAAGGACGAGGAGAAUCCCCAGUACCCCUACGAAGCCUUCUCCGCCAUGUUCUACAUCCAGUCCAUGACCGGCACUUUCAACGCUACCGUUUUGGCCGCUAUCGACGCCACCAACUCGUCCUCUUCUUCCGUCAUUGCCUCGGCGUCUUCCACCGCUACCGUAGGCGACGUCUCUACAUCUGGAUCUGGAUUUGCUGCAUCCAACACCGAAUCCUCCACCCACUCCGCAUCCGCAUCGUCCUCUUCCGGCUCUUCCACCUCUGCCGCCUUCCACCAGGCUGCCCCCGCGACUUUGGCUCUCGCCCUUAUCGGCGCGGCCAGCUACCUCGUUCUCUAAGGGUCUUUUCUCUCUCUCUGCAUUCUUCUUAAAAUCCACGGACGAUAAAUUUGCAAUCUUUACUUUUCGCUGAUUUUUCUUUACGUGACCGUUUGGGAGUUUAGAAUUCCUUUUCAACCAAACUGUAUUGAGACGAAUCAAACUUGGAACCUUGACUAGUGUUUCAAUGAAAGAGAACCCUUUCACUAUUAUACCUUAUUUGAUACCCUUACUCUGGCGUUAUACUAUAAUUGCCUUUUUUUUCCCCUCUUAAUCCCACUAUGAUCUCCUUUUCUUUACCCUAUCUCUCUUUAUAUCUUGUGUGUCGAGAACUACCGUAAUGGCCUCGAGGGUCAUGGUCCUUGGAUGUUUGAUAUGUCAAGUAUAUUUCGCCUUG